UCCCCACAAUGCAUUGCGUUUUCAACAUGGCGUCCCACACAUCCACUUGACAUAUGUCGUCAAGACCAAAACGCAGUUUGACGUUAAAAGGAUCGUGUAGCGAGGCUGACUAAUACUAUUUUAGACAGGAGGAUGAAACUGUUGCUGUCAGUAUUAAAACGAGUCCAUAAACCACCUGUUUACGCCAGUCACCAGCGCCGUCUGUGCUCUUGUGCCAGCAGCGGCCUGAUACCUCUCCGCUAUGAGGCUCUCAUCGUCGGGUCAAGCCCGGAGCUCGUGCAGACUCUCGGCUCGCAGGUGGAGGUGAGGACGGGCUUCAUCACCGAGGAGGAGGAGGGAGCUCUGCUGCGAGAGCUGGAGCCAGGCCUGAAGAAGAAACGCUACGAAUUCGACCAUUGGGACGAUGCUAUUCACGGGUACCGAGAGACUGAGCGUGUGAGGUGGGAGGCGGUGUGUGAGGAAGUCUUGAAUCGCGUCCGAUCUGUAGCAUUUCCUAAGGGUAGUCCACUCCUCGGGCCUGUGCACAUUCUAGAUCUGGACAAGACUGGAUACAUCAAGCCUCACAUUGAUAGUGUCAAGUUCUGUGGUAACACCAUUGCUGGGUUGAGUCUUCUGUCAGAAAGUAUCAUGCGCUUGGUGAAGGAGGAUGCCACCAAUGAAUGGCUGGACCUGCUGCUGCCCCGACGCUCCCUCUACAUACUGAGGGACCAGGCCAGAUAUAACUUCACUCAUGAGAUCCUGAAAGAUGAGGAAUCUGUGUUCAAUGGACAGAGAGUGCCUCGGCUGCGUCGUAUCUCCGUUAUCUGUCGGAACCUUCCGGGCUAACACCCACUUCGGCUCAGCUCGGAUAUUAACAGAACAUAACCUGCAUUUAGAGGAUUAUGUCAGUGUUCUUUUGGUUAAUAUAUUGUUAUUAUAUACAGGUAUGGUGAAGUGUCCAGGACAUUUACUGCAGUUGAGACACUCUCCAUACUGUGCUUUUGAGAAAUAUUGAUUGAGUUGUCGGGUCACACCUGUCCCAUUCAAGAGUACUAAAAUGAUCUGUUCUAACAGAAUGGCUGAUUUAAAUAAACAGCAGGUUUCUCCACAACAACUGCACCAGCUUGGCUGUAGUUUGAACAUCAUUUCAGUUACCACUCACUGCUGGAAAGGAUAUCAGUUUUAAAGGUACAAAGUGAUUCUGAGUCAUGGUUUCAUUACCAUCACUUUGGUGUGUUCCUCUACUUCUGUAUAAUAUAGAGACUCUUUGUGAAUAAUUUCCAAAUAAAAUUAAAGUGAAUUUGGAUGCAAUAAAGGCUGUUCUUGGUUUA